AUGAUGAAGCUAGCUACUCUUGGUGCCUUCUUGGCCGCCCUAGGCGCAGGAGCGCCAGUUCAAACUGAAGAGUACGAAUAUGUUGUGGUUGGCUCAGGCCCCGGAGGUGGCACAGUAGCGGCCAAUCUUGCCCGCGCAGGUCACUCCGUGUUCCUAAUUGAGGCUGGGCAGGAUCAAGGCGAGAACCUGAUCGCACAAGUCCCAGCUUGGUUUAACAUGGCUGGUGAAACACCUGGAAUCUCCUGGCAGUUCUUUGUCAACCACUUUCAAAAUGAAACUCAGGCAAGGCGGGACAAUAAGUACACAUACAGGCUUGACAAUGGAUCGUAUUAUGUUGGACUGGAUCCUCCUGCUGGUGCAGAGCCGCUGGGUAUAUACUACCCUCGUGGGGCAACAGUUGGAGGUUCAUCCCAAGUCAACGCCAUGUACUUUGUUGUACCUCCUGACAGCGACUGGACACACAUAGCCAACCUUACCAAUGACGACUCUUGGUUACCGGAAAAAAUGAGAGAAUACUUUGUUGAAGUUGAAAGAAACGGUUAUCUCCCCCCUGACCAGUUGGGCCACGGUUACGACGGUUUCGUUUCGUCGGCACAAAUAAAUGAUACCUUUACCACCUCUCGUCCGGGGGUAACGAAGCUUGUCAAGGAGGCGAUUCGAGAGCUCGAGGGCGUCGAUGUCCAGAGUGAGCAACAACUAGUUGACCUCCUAAGGCGGGAUAUAAAUCGCAUCGAGCCCGACCGCUACGAGAAAUCUCAAGUCUUUGACAUUGCUCUGCAUAUCGACUCUCGAAGACGCCGAAACGGGGCCCGAAACUAUAUCGCGGAUACACUAAGCGCCUUGAAUGAGGACGGCUCCGCGAAAUACCCUCUAACACUAAGCCCACACAGCCUGGCGACCCGCGUUUUAUUUGAAGAUGCCAAGUGUGGCCGCAAACCCCGGGCUAGUGGUGUCGAGUAUCUAGUCGGCGAGGCCCUUUACUCGGCCGACGACCGAUACAACGCGAGCAACUCUGGCGAGCUCAAGAGGGUCGCAGCUUCUAGAGAGGUGAUUGUUGCUGGAGGAGCAUUCAACACGCCGCAGAUACUCAAAUUAAGCGGUGUCGGACCCCGAGCUGAAUUGGAAAAGUUGGGAAUACCAGUUGUCGUGGAUUUGCCUGCCGUGGGAAAUUACAUGCAGGAUAAUUACGAAACCGGCGUCAGUGUCCGUGCCAACACGCCGUGGGAGAAUAACCCUUCUGAAAAUUGCAAAAUGAACCCAAGUCUUCCGCCGUCCGACGAUCCAUGCCUCGAACUUUGGCAAUCGCAAGGCCUGGGACCUUAUGGCGAGGGCGGCGCGCCACUGUCGGCCUUGUUUAAAUCGAGCGUGAGCGAGACCCCAGACUGCGAUAUCGCUCUUUUUGGCGGCCCCAAUGCCGACUUUCAUGGAUUCUUCCCCGGAUUCAGCCGGGUGCGGUCACCGGACAACGCCUUCUUCUGGUCUCUGGUCAAGUUGCAGACUGGCAACGAGGCCGGCACUGUGACUCUGCGCUCGACGGACCCUAGAGACACGCCGCUGAUCAACUUUAACUGGUUUGAGCAAAAGGCGGAACGCGACCUGCAGGCUCUCGAGGAGGCGGCCGACAUGGUCAAGCGUGUUUUCAAUGCCACCGGCGCGCCGUAUGCCCCCUUUGAGAUUAUUGAACCCAGUCCAGAGAUUGAGACGAAGCAAUCGAUUAAAGACAAUGCGUAUAGCCACCACGUCACAUCGACUUGCCGCAUGGGCCCCAAAGACGACCCGGAUUAUUGCGUCGACCCUGAUUUCAAUGUCAAUGGUGUCGAGGGUCUUCGUGUGGUGGAUGCCUCCGUCUUUCCACGUACACCGGGUGCGUUCCCUGUUGUCCCUGUGUUUAUGAUUAGUCAAAAGGCUUCCCAUGUUAUCCUGGAUGGCCUUUCGGAGAAACAUUGA